AUGUCUGGAGCAUCCCAACAACCCCUCCUCAUCUCAAGUGAGGGGGAUCGUCGGGGCUUUGAUGCGGGCAAACCGAGACCGAGUACGAGCCGGCGCCGUGACAAGCCGCAGCUUUCUUGCAAUCUCUGCCGGCACAAGAAGCUGAGAUGUGAUCGCCAGCAGCCAUGCUAUAAUUGCGCCGGGCGCGGAGUUUCCUGCAUAUAUGCACAAAAUCCUAACAAUGGAGUACCUUCAUCGUCCAUUGGCGAACCACAACCCACAUUGCAGGACCGCCUAACCCACUUGGAAAGACUGGUCAAAGUUCUAAUGCCAGGCCCUUCAAGUCAGCCUAGCCCCAACGCUGUCACAGCUUCAGGCACCAGUGGCGGCGUCACGAGUGCUCAGGUACUUGAUCAUACAGUCGUCGAUACCUCCGCGGAGAUCCGUUCAGAGUGUGGGAGCAUCAGUGCCACAGCGACAGAGCUUCCCUACAUUGGUGAUGACCACUGGGCUGCUAUUCUGGAAAGCAUUUCCGACUUGAAGCAUCAUGUUGAUAGAGAUGAGCAGACGAGGAUGGAUGAUAUCGUCGGAGAUGGCGAUCCGUCCAUGAGACGCCGAUCCCCACAUGCCCUUCUCCUCUAUGGCUGUCCUCAUGCUCGGUCGCGAGACGAGAUUUUGUCUGCUCUACCACCUAAGCCAGUGGUAGACCGCUAUGUUUCGUUUUAUUUCAACCAUCUUUCGUUAGCUUACUCUGUUAUCCACUCCCACAGCUUUCUUCGCGAGUAUCAAAAAUUCUGGGAAGCGCCUUCUGAAACUCCAAUCGCUUGGAUUGGCCUGCUAUUUACAAUCAUCUGCCUUUCCGUAUUUGCCUCAAAAGAUAACAAUGAGAUCCAGGACAAGGCUGAAGACGAACGAUUGCGCCUCCAGAUCGAUUCAUAUCAUGAAAAGAUUGUCCAAUGUCUUACCUUGGCUGAAUACACCAAAACCGGCCCGCAUAUCCUAGAGACCAUGAUUCAUUACGCUCAUAUAGAGUUCGCCAUCCAUCCAGAUGCCAACACUGACUUGUGGUACCUUUUCGGCAUUGUCGCAAACAUGGCAAUGCGAAUGGGCUAUCACCGUGACGGGAGCAAGUUCAAGGGGAUAACACCCCUCCAGGCUGAGAUGCAGCGCCGGAUAUGGUCGUCGCUCUUAAUGGGAAAUAUCAUCAUUUCUGGCCAAGUGGGAAUGCCUCGCAUGAUCUCGGCUGCGCAGUACGACACCGCCGAGCCCCGAAAUCUGACUGAUGCAGACCUCGAUUCAGUUCAUUCGAGUGGUAUGACUGAGCUACCUCCAUCGCGACCAGAGACUGAAUACACUCCGAUACUGGGCGUCAUUGCGAUGAGGAGGAUCGUAGAAGCCCUGGGUCAAAUCUCGGAACUUAGAGCCGCUGUUACACCGUGCACAUAUGAAGAGGUCAUGCGUGCCGACAGCGCUUUACAACGAGCAGCCGACAGUAUCCCCCCUCCAAUGAAGAUGAGACCCAUGGCAGCUAGUAUAACUGAUCCACCUCAUGCGAUAAUGUGGCGACUAUUCAUCGGUCAUUUAUUCUACAAGGGACAGAUAAUGCUCCGCCAGCCGUAUAUGUUUACCUCGGCAAGAGAGGAUAUUCAGGCUUACUCUCAGAAGACGUGCUUAGAAGCAUCGCUGAGCAUGCUCGAGAUUCAGGGGAUUCUAGAUGAGGAGACACGCCCCGGGGGACAAAUAUCCAUGAUGCGGUGGCGAGUCUCCUCAAUAAUGAAUAAUCAGUUCCUGACGGCGACGAUGAUCCUUUGCUCGAUGUUGCACCGCGGGGUGACGCUAGGGAGAGAGGAAGAGAUUAAGUCAGAGCUACGGAAGACUCGAACAAUCUGGAUGAGAGGCAGCGGUAACUCCCGAGAAGCCCAGAAAGCCGCAGAGGCAGUCAACUUCGUUCUUUCCAAUGCUACAGGCGGACUAUUCACCGACUUGGUCGGCGCAGAACCAUCAGGGCAGCUUCUCGACCCUUUCUUGUUUGAUACAAGCAACCGGGAAGGUGUAUAUUUCGGGGAGCAAGGCUUGAGCACUGACCCCAUGGAGACGUUUGACUUCAACAUGGGCUCAGUUCUAGAGACACCAACUCCUCCCGGCGAGGAUAAUCACAAGGGCAACUCUACCCUCGAAGGUGAUCUUCUGGAACCGAAUUUUGAUUUCGGAGACGCAGCGACAUCAAUGGCAUGA